AUGGGUGCUUUGGACAGACUCAAACAAAUCAAGAUGGCUUACAAACUCGAUUUUGUUUAUGUGUUUGAACCUUUUUGUAGAAAUUCCAUGAUUAAUAAGUUUAAAAGAAGAUUGGGGUAUCAAUUAUGUUACUCUAACUGCAACAACCAAAUCUGGAUUUUUUGUGAUCACAACUAUGAAUGUAUCAUUUUGGAAGACAAGGAACAACAUGUUACUUGUAGCAUCAAAUAUCAAGAAGAUACUAUUCUUUUAACUGUGGUCUAUGCUAAGUGUGAUGAGCAACUCAGAGAAACUUUGUGGGAUGAACUUAGACUAAUUGCUAACAAUUCAAACUCGCCUUGGAUGGUGGUAGGUGACUUCAAUUGUAUUCUUGCCCCAGAAGAAAAGAAAGGAGGUACAAUUCAUAGAAUGAGCAAAAGUAUGCCUUUGCUCAAUUGUAUGAUGGACUGUUCACUCGAAGAUGCUGGAUAUAUUGGAUCUACUUAUACUUGGUGUAACGGAAGAGGACCAAGGCAUAGGGCUAACUAUAAGAAAUACUUCAAGUUCUUAAACUUGUGGACAGAAGAGCCUGAUUUUUUGGAUAUUUUAAAGGAUGCAUGGGCUAUUGAAACUGUUGGAACUCUUAUGUGGAAGGUUCACUUGAAACUUAAGAAUACUUGCAAAAAGCUCUCUGAAUGGUCCAGAAAUACUCUGGGUAAUAUCUUUGAAACCACCAAAAAGAUGGAAGCUAGGAUUGCUCAACUGGAAGAAGUCUGCUUAAGAGAUAAUUCUGAGGAAAAUAGGAUGGCUUAUAAUAAUGCUAAUGCAUUACUGAUCCAACAUGUGAAGAAGGAAGAAGCCUUUUGGAGGCAAAAAGUUGGUCUUAAAUGGAUUACUGAUGGAGAUGCUAAUACCAAGUUCUUUCACUCUGUCAUCAACACUAAGAGAAGAAAGAUGCACAUGAAUAAGAUCAAGAAAGAAAAUGAUACCUGGAUUGAAGGGGAGGAUAAUAUUGCCUCAGAAGCUGUCAAAUUCUUUGAAGAUCAAUUUACCUUUCAAGAUGUGGAUGAUGACCCCGCUUCUGAAUUGUCUUCCACGAGUUAUUAA